UGCGCAGUGAUGACUGUAUUUUGGAAAUGGCGCCUGUGUUGAAGUGCUAGUCAGUCGGCGGUUGCAGAGUUUGUUAGCUGCUUCUGGUUUAAUUGUUCUAGAUUAUUUAUUUGCAGCAAAAAAACGCAGCUCUUUAAUGGAUUUGGCCGGAUUAUGACUACUGAAAGACUACAUCAGAAAACGCAUUCGAUAGUUUCGAAAUUAAGAAACACUUCGGUACACAGGUAAAUACGCGAGGAUGCGUGACCUUUCGGCUCAGGUGACCAGUGGUCUGCUGCGUUUUCCUGCAGUGACAGUAGAAGCUUUAAGGGAAGAUGAAGUGACUCUGGACUCAGUGCUUCAUGGGAGAUUCACCGUGGGUCGCAGCGUGUUGGCGUGGCUGGCAUGUGGGCCUCACCUGGAGGUGGUGCACGCGUCGACGGGCGAACGAUUCUCCGCGUAUCGCUUCAGCAGCGUGACGGAUCACCUGCAGCCAUGUGUGACAGCAGUGAAAGAGUUCAGCUGGCUGAAGCGUAGCGGGCUGCUCGUUGGCCUGCAGGAGGACGAGAGCAGCAUGCUGUGUCUCUAUGACCUCGGCAUCUCGCGUGUCAUUAAAGCCGUCGUCAUUCCGAACAGGAUUACUGCCAUCGAGCCGCUGGUGAGUUAUGGAGGAGCGAGCACGAGUACACAGCACCUGCACCAAAGCCUGCGCUGGUUUUUUGGUGUGGUUUCCGUGGUAACGGAUGUGGGACACGUCCUAUUGGUGGAUCUGUGUUUAGAUGAUUUCUCCUGCACUCAGACUGAACUGGAGGCCCUGGACCUGGAGGUUAUGAACAAAUGUCCCUCUGAUAUUCCACAUCUUCGAGAGAGAGUUACUCAGCAGGGACGUCACCUCUGUCUCCAGCUGUGCAGUCCCACAGGGACGGGUGCUUCAGCGCUGCAUUUCAUAGGCCGCACCAAUCAGCUCGCCGUGGGCUUCACCGACGGCUUUCUGCAGCUCUGGAACAUGAAGACGCUGAAAAAAGAGUAUCACUCUCAGCUGGAGGGCGGCCGAGUCCCGCUGUACACAUUUAACUUCCAGGAGCCGGAGAACGACCCGAGGAACUGCUGCUACCUGUGGGCUGUUCAGUCAGCGCAGGACCUAGAGGGUGAUGUAGUCAGUCUUCACCUACUGCAGCUGGCGUUUGGAGAGAGAAAGUGUUCAGCAUCAGGGAAAAUCAUCUACGAGGGUCUGGAAUACUGCGAGGAGCGUUACAGUCAGGAUCUAAGUGGCAGUGUGUUUCCUCUCCGAGCUCAGGCUUCACACACUCGCCUGCUCAGCUGCCAGACCAUUGAGAAGUUCCGCCAUCAUCCUGACAGAGAGGACAGCGUAAACGAAGUGGCGUCUCCUGAUACGAGUGUGUCGGUGUUCAGCUGGCAGGUGAAGUCGUAUGGACAGGGCCAUCCUUCCACCUUCCUCGGAGUGUUCGAUAUUAACAGAUGGUAUCACGCACAGAUGCCUGAUUCACUGAGAGCGGGCGAGUCUCUGCAGAACUGUCCCUACCUGGCUGUGUGGUCUCUGGACUCAGUGAUUGAGGCGACUCAGUCCUGCCCCCUGCUGGACAUAGUGGUUCAUGAGCGCAGUCUAAGCAGAGCUCUGCCUCACACAUGCCCCCCUCCUGAGCAGUUCUACAACCCUAACACUUACAACUUCGAUGCAAGCUGUCUGCUUAAUGCUGGAAUAGUCCACUUCACUUGCUCGGGCUAUCAGAAAGAGACUCUGAGUUAUCUGAAGAAAGCCGUGCCGAGUCUGAGUGAUGGUAUUUCCAACGGAUAUUCCCAAUGCCUCAUGUCCGGUCUGCUGUCGUCUCGGCAAACAGAUGUUCAGCCAUCCAGCCUGACUGAGCAGGAGCAACUGGACGCCAUCUUAACCACCGCAGUAGAGACGAGUGCUUUGGGUCUGAUCACCGGCUGCAUUAAACAGUGGACCACUGAGGUUACCGAGCAGGCCGGCUCUGCAGUGAACCUGCGCUACAUCCUGGAGUGGGCCUGGGACAAAGUGGUCAAAACCAAGGAGGAGCUUGAUGGCAUAUGUGCACCGUUAUUUGACAGCUCCUCUAAUUUUACUGAUACACAAACGCUGCAGCUUCUCCAACACAGCCAGAGAUUAUUGAGUAACCUCAGCACCAUCUUCCACUGCUUACUGAACGAGGCCCAGGAGCUCACACAAAGAGGUGUAAUAGGUCUAGUGAACAAGUGCAUGGUGUCCAGUCUGAUCUCUCAGUACGCUCAAGUGGUCCUGUGGUUCUGCCGCACAGGUCUCCUCCCAGAGAGCGCCGAUGAUGACAUCCUGCAGAUCUCCAGACCUUUUUAUAGUUUCUCUGUGAUUAAGAAUUAUUAUAUGGGUCAGAGGGAGGAGCUGCAGAGACUCUCCAAGGAUAAGUGGAAUGCUGAUUGUCUGAUGAUUGACGGAUUGGUGGCUCAGUGUGGUGAGCGUCUCUCAGAGCUCUGGAAGAGAGACGAGGGUGGGACGGGGCAGUACCCCCCUCCUUCACUACACGCCCUGCUGGACUUGUAUCUCCUGGAGAAUGUUGAAGAAUCUACCAAGCAUGCUAUCGUGAUUUAUCUGCUUUUGGAUGUGAUGUACUCUUUUCCUAAUAAAAGUGGUGCAUCAGUGGAAUCUUUCCCCACGGCGUUCUCCAUCCCCAUCGGCUUAGUGAAGCUCGUACAGGGCCUCUGGUUACUUGAUCACCACGACCACGAGAACUCUCUGGACCUGCUUCUCCAUCCGUCUGUGUCUCCAUGUGUGUGGGCGUGGCAGCACUCCCGGGUUCUGCAUGCUUUGAUGAUCCAGAACAAACACAGCACGGCUCUGCGCUACCUGCACAUGAUGAAGCCGUCUGUCACCUCAUCUUCCCUCACCAAGCUGUGUGUGUCUGUUCUGCUACACAACAGGUGUAUAGUAGAGGCAUGGGCUUUAUUGAGGCAGCAGGUUAAUAAACUAACCAUAGACGAGCUGCUCAGGUUUUUCUAUGAAACAUGUCAGGAGCUGGGUUUAAUGAAGGAGCUCCUCAAACUGCCCCUCCGACCCUCUGAACAGGAGUGUUUGGAACACUUCCUGCAGGAAACUGGAGGGUUCCAGAACAGAGAACUCCUCAUGGUUCACUAUCUCCAGCAAGCCAACUACGUUCCUGCGCUGCAGAUCAACCAUAUGCUGAAGAUGAACCUGGCUGGGGAUCGAGAUCCGAAAACGAAGGAGAGAUCAAACACUAGGAACUCUAUCAUGAGUCAGUACGGGAAGGUGUUACCACGCGCUCAGAGGAAGCUGGCCAUCGAACGUGCAAAACCCUAUCAGUACCCAUCCACCAUCCUCAGAGAGGUCACAAGGCCUCAGCCGUUAUCCACCGUAGCUAAACGCUCUACCAACAAGAACAUCCUGAGCAGAGCAGCGUUUAUUAAAAACGUUCUCACCAAGAUUGAGGAGGUGUGGAUUGGGAAGGAGCCUACGCCUGAGCCCUCUCCUCUCAAGAGCCCCAAAGCCUCUGAUGUGCUGGUGUCCAGUCCUAAUCCUCCAACCUUAAACAUCCAUGAGGCUUUUGUUGGAACACCAAUAAACAUGCUGAAUAAGCGGAUGUCCAGACUCUUGGAUCUGGCAGUGCAGCCAAUGUCUCAGACGUCUUCAGAAUCAUCUCGCACUCAGACGACUCCGCUCAAAUCCAUCAGCUCCUGGACUGCACCUAAACACAUCAGCAAGGCUCCUGAGCUCAGUCUCUUACAUACUCCUCAGGUCGUGAAGAGAGCUCGAGCUUUAGCUGCAUCUGGUCCCGUCUUCUCCUCCUUCACCCCUCAGUCCAUCCUAAGGAGCAGUCUCCGCCCCACUCCUAUAGCCACACCCACCGCAUCCCCUGCUCGGUCAGCCACGCCCACUUUGCGCCCCAAAGAAAGCCGUAUCACCUUCAUGGAGGAAAGUGAAUCUCCAGAUCUGCCCAAGUGCCCCUCCUUGCACUGGAGCAAUGAGUUCACUGCAGUUGGUGAAACAUGCGAGCAAAAGCACCCUCCUCUGCCACCAGAGGGCGGUGUCGAGGGAUUGAGUGAACAUUCUGGUGAAGAAGAGGAUGCGAAAGAACCAAGUGUAGCCCUCAGUUCUUUUUUUGAGCAGAAAGAGAACCUAAAGGUGGAGGAAUCGAAGCAGAUCUUGCCCACUCUUGUGCGCAGGCCCAGUCUCGGCUUUGAGACAAGCACGCUUUCCGUCCAGUCAGAUUCCACGCUGGAAUUCCACGAUGCUGUUUCUCCAACGGAUGUGAUGAGACCAGUGUUACAAUCGUACAACAGGUUGGAUGAAGAAGAUGAAAUCAUUAUCAAGCGUCCGGAGACAGACACUGCCACCAAACUGCUUUCUCCUGAACAGCCGAUCACUUAUCAGGAAAUGGAGAAUGAUGAAGUUUCUAUAUCUGAGCAGCUGGAUGCAGACAAAGAACAUGCAAAAGAAGAUGCAGAGACCAUGGAAGCACAGAUAUCACCAGUUGUUCCACUCACUUUCCUGGAGGAGUCGCACCAUCACGAUUCAGUAAAUCCUGAUGUGGUUUUGGCACCAUGUGAACCAAUCAGAACAUCUGGCAUGUCUGAGGAGAUGGACAGAGAGGAGGCGAUCCAGGACUCUGAACAACUCUCACCCCUGAUCACUGAAGAUGCUGUCACUGCAGAGGAGACACUCGAACAGAAUCCCGAAGCAUCAUUACAAUCAGGUGAAGACACUGCUCUUAAUAACGAACCGAUCAGUGAGCUUCCUGCUUCUAAAAGUGAUGCUGUGUCUGAAGAGCUGAGGGAGAACUCUGAGGCCAUGGAGACAUCAGAUCUGGAUGAUUAUGUGGAGCAUCAGUUGUUUGGAGAUCUCUCACCUCCACAUUCCCAAACCGACAGUAAAGAAGCUUUGGAAUCCAACAGCGAGCCUUGUGAAGAGGAUAAAGGUCUCGGAGCUGAGGAGGAUUCACACAAAUCCACCACCUCGUCUGAAGCUGAGACCUCCGAGUCACAAUCUGUAGUCAGCCUGAACGACACAGAGGAACUGUCCAGUGCUGAAGAGGAGGUGGAGGAUGCAGAGGAGAAGGUGGAGGAAGACUCUGGCAGUGAGGUGGAGAUUAUUAAGGAAGUAAAAGGAAACGGGACACAGCAGCACCUUUACCUGCAGGAUCUUCAACCUGAAGAUCAGUUCCUCCAAGAACAGACUGCUGCUGUGCUGUCCCUUGUCACUAAUCCACAGCUGAAGAUAAUGGAUGACUGCGGGGAUGAGGAGGAAGAGGAAGGUCAGGUUGUGGUGGUUGGCCUGAGACCUGCAAACCUAGAAGAUGGUGUGUGCUAUACCGAGCUGAAGCCCUCCACUACUCUCCUUGUUCCAAUUGAGCUGGCCUCUGAGCAUCAGGAGCUUUUUCAAGGAGCUGAGCUGCCUGAGGUUGCACUUCCUCUUGAAUCCAAUAACUUCUCCCUCAUGCUGGAGGCAGAUGAUGAAGAACCAGCACCUUUAGAAAUGGAAGCUGAGAACCAUCUAACGCUGAGACCUCAGAUCUCAGAGCAUUCCAGAGAAACAGAGGAGGAAUCUAAUGUUGAAAGGGAUGAUGUCCAUGUGGAGCAUGCUGUUCUAGAACCUGAGGAAUUGCCUGCACAAACAGUUGUGCCAGAUGUUGUGGAACUAAAUAAAACAAUCGAGAAUGUUCAGAUUGAACAGGAAGUGACUGAAUCUGAAAACAUGGAAAUUCAACCUCAUGAACAAACUGAAGAAGUUCAAAUGCAGAAGGUUGAAGCUGUGCUGGAACCAAUUAUAGAAAAUCAACCUAAUGGAGCAGAGGAGCCUGCAAAGAAAUCAGUGAAACCUGCAGAGGAAUUUGUGCAGGAACCUGCAAAGGAACUUCCAGUGGCUGAAGAGAUGUUUGAUGUAACCACUGUAUGUGUCAGCAGUCAGGUUCAGGAAUCAGUCUUGUCUGAGGUCAUGGAGGAGGGUAAUAACGAGAACGUACCUGAUAAUGAGGCUGGUGUAAAAACUAAUGAGAUGCUUCCUGAAGCUGAAGAAGUUUCUGGUGCUAAUAAAGCUGAGGAGAAAGAUGCUAAGCUGAAGGAAGCAGUAGAUGCUACAGCCAUUAGAACAAGAGUAGAACGAAGUCCAGCACGAAGAGGAAUGAAGACGGUUAAAUUUCCAGUUACCAUGAAGGAAUCUGAGAAAGAUGCUUCUGAAGAGGAGCGUGCUGAAUCUGAAGUGCCUUUCACACCGAGACGCAUCACGAGGAGCAGCAUGCUGCCGCUGGAGUCUGAAGUUCUCAUCACACCAAGGAGAAGCACGAGAAAAAACGAUUCUAUCAUGGAGGAGAAGGAGCUAUCAACAAAAGCCACACGUCCACAGAAGACUACACCCCAGAGAGGGUCUCGCAAAACAAGGAGCUCCAGUGCUAAUGACAUUGAAGUCCAAAUAGAGGCAACUCCAAUUGUUGAACAUCAGAGUGCAAGAAAGACCAGAAAAGUGGCAACAGUCGAGGUUCCGGAGACGAUCUCUGAGGAGAAACUUGUGGAAAAUCAAGCUAAUGCUAGUCCCAGCAGGGUGACUCGACAAUCCAGCAGGAGACUGAGCUUAACGCUGGAGAGCUUCCAAAUGGUUCCAGAUCUCCAAAACACAUCUACAGUUACGCCACCAAGGAGCAGACGGAAAACUAGAGGCACUACGGAGGAAAAGGUGAACAACGAGACCUACACAGUGGAUGGCGUGCAGCUGCAAAGCGUUUCCAGGCGACUGACUAGGAGCCGGCAUUGGAACGACGGAGAGGAACCUGAGAAACCUGAGAAAGUGGAGGCCAAUAAUUUGCUGGAGAGCACUUUAAUGGAGAGACUGAAUGAUGAAGCAGCUAAAGAAAGCGAGCUGGUGACUGAGAUCGUGCGCGCCAAGCGGCGGUCCAGAUCUGUAGCUCCAUCUGUGGACCAGAAAGAGCAAAAUGCUGAAGCUCUGGAGUCACUGGUUUCUACUGAGAAGAAAUCUGCAUCGUCUGUUAGGAGAACCAAAGCCAGCAAAGUCCCAGACCCUGACACCUCACUCGCUAGUAACAGCACAUCUGGAGCUCAAAGAACCAGAGGAAAGAAAAAAGACAUCGCUGUAAACGAUAUUGUUUUGUCUCCUCCUGUGACUCGAACGAGACAAGCGACUGCCGUUUCUGAGAGCCACCUCCAGGAUGAGAUUUUAUCAGAUGAAGCUCCAGUGGUGGCUGAAGCGGAGGUUAAAAUGAAGAAGAGAAUGACGAGAGCAAGAGCAGAUCCUGAACCCGUGAAGGUGGAACUUUUGUCCCCGUUGCCGAGUCCAGCAGAAGCGGCUCAGAGGAGGAAACCUGAAGAACACGAGGCCAUCGCUCCGAAGAUGAACCUGCGGCGGAGACGCAUGAUGGAGUCUAUUUUCCCCAAACCGGUCACACGCAGGAAGAAACUUUAACCCCAUCGCACCAUCAUCGUCAUCUCGAUCAUCGUUUUCUCUUCCUUUCGAGCUUCCUGUGUGUGUGUGUGUGUGUGUGUGUGUGUGUGUGUGUGAGCGUGUGUGUACAGCAAACACACACCUGUUUCCCUCAUUCAGAUUUUUACCAGGACGUUUUGCUGCCUGCUGUUUUCUAAUUAAGGAAAUGAUUUUUUUGAAGUGCAGAAAUAAACAGAGCUCUAAUUUGGGAGAUUUAAUUUUAUAUGUAAUAAAUAAAUAAUCGAGCGCGUGAUGUUUACAGCACGGAGCACAGGGGAGGCCAAACGAUGCAAAAGUCUUAUGUUUUAAAAAUGUGCAUUUCUACAAAUGUAAAUAGUCUUUUAGGGAUGUUCUGAAUAAAAUUUGAUACCUGUGAAUAAGUUGGUUCCUCGUCAUUUCACAGUUUUAGGAUCUUCACGUAGGGGUGCGCACUACACUCGGGUUCUGAUCGGUCACAUGGUUUAUAUGAUUGUUUUUUGUGAUUCCUCGUCAGAUCUCAUGAUCAUGUGCAGAUUUCUUGUGACCACUGUUUUUCUUUGCAAUUGUAUUGAAUGUACAUUUUUAUUGUUUGAUCACAUCCUGUUUCACUUAGCAGUAUUCUUGUUUUUGUUUUUUUUAUUAAGCUUAUGCUCUUUAAAUUAAACUGUCAAUUGUUUUUUAUUGUCAAUUAUUCUCUAUAAACUGUAGAUCUGAUGUAGAAACAAAUCGGCUGCAUGUUUUUAUUUGUGUGUAAAGAAUCAGGACGGGACUGUUAAUAAUCCAGUGUAACUCUCAUCACCAGAGCAUUUCUGUAAUGCUGUUUCUCUUUAUUUAAACAUGGUCAUGAAUCUUCAGUACGCAGUUUAUUCAGAUCAGAGUCAUGAUGGAUCUGGAAAAUAUCAGCAUGUAUGUAAGAGUGGAGAACGUGAAAUUCCACACAGUAACCCUGAUCUGAUCUAAUCUAAUCUAAUGGGACACCUCUGCUCUCCUGUUGCUGCUGUGAGGGUGAGCUGGUCACAGGUCCCACAUACAUUCUGCAGAAAAGUAUUGGCACCCCUCUAUACACCCGUAAGUGAGCUGAGUGCCUGGUUGGUGUUUAUUCUCAGUGUAGUGCUAAAACUGCUGUGUGUGUGUGUGUGUGUAUAUAAUUAAUUCAUGAGUGAGAGAAAGUGAUCAGAUCUCCUGCUUCAAGUUACAGUCUCUUGGUCCCCUGUUUUUCUCUCUAACAUGCAGUAAAAUGGCUGGAAAAGACUGUGUAAAAGUGGCUGUGCGUGUUCGACCCUUCAACAAGGUCAGAUUCUGAUUAAGCUGAUGAUGAUGAUGAUGAUGAUGAUGAAAGGUUUAAUGUGACACUGUUUAAACACCUUUAUCGUGUGUGGUUGCUGAAUGUAUUCGUGUUGUGUGUCUGUAAUAAAUGGCUGUAAUGUA